GGUACCUACACCACUCCUUAUCCGCGCAACCCCCUUUCUCCCGCUCGAACUACCUCUACGCCGCGUAUUCGCUAUGUCUAUCAUUCUCGAUCCCCCGGAGUUGGGCUUUCAGCGUGAGCAAUACUCCCUCUCCCCUGGUCGAGCUUCUAUACCAGCCAUGGACCGCCCGGCUCACCGGUUCCAGGUCCCUUCAACCGUGAGGUGUGUCAGAUGUUGCACUUGAAGAACGAGAGUGCGGAGCCUGUCGUCUUCAAGGUCAAAACUACCGCCCCUAAGCACUACUGCGUUCGUCCCAACUCGGGCCGGAUAGAUCCUGGCAAACAUGUCGAUGUCCAAGUUCUGUUGCAGGCCAUGAAGGACGAGCCUGCGCUAGAUGCCAAGUGCAAGGACAAGUUUCUCGUUCAGACAGUCGCGGUCACUCGUGAUAUGGAGUUCGCCAAUGUUACCUCGAUUUUUGAGAAAGCCCCCAAGACAGCACUCCAGGAGCGCAAAAUUCGUGUGAACUGGCUGACCGCCGAUGAUGCCCCAGUUGAGGAACAAGGAGUCGAGGCGACUGGCAAUGUGCCCGAUGAAGAGCCUCCUGCCUAUACCUCGCCGCCGAACCCCAACUAUCAGACUCCUGCUGCCGCGCUUACGAAGAGCGCGAACGACACGUCACCCAUCCCACCGCCAGAUUUCAGCGACAAGCCCAAGCGGGAAGUCUCCACCCCGCAGAUCAUCGAAAGCUCGGCCACGUCUUCAAAGUCACCCGUAGCAAGCGCUAGCGAAGACUUGAGAGCCCAAUUGUCCGAGGCAAAUUCGCAAAUCUCAGCGCUGAAGGAGAAGUUGGCAGAUCAGGGUCUGAGACAGCGAAAGAUUGGAACCGAUGCCGAGAAGGUGCCCGCGCCUUUGGCGCAACAGCAGCCACAGUCCGUGGAGGCUGGUGUGCCCGUGCAGAUCGUGGCGGGUCUAUGCCUGCUAAGCUUCUUGAUCGCCUACUUCUUCUUCUGAAUGUCUUGAUCCCUCCCCUCUUUGUGUCCACUCUUUUUGAAUUUCCUUUCCUGUGACCCCCUUUUCCCAUCAUGUUUCUUUACAGACCAACUGUAUUCCCUUCUGCCAAUUCUCUUACUUUACUACGUUGACAACAACAGCAGUGGUACGGUGCUAUUAUUUAUUCGUUGUGACAGCCCGUUUAUUCUUCUUCAUGGUCGUUCUAAUUCGGCCCGGUCUCCCCAUGCCGUUUUCUUCUACUUGAGCAAGCACCCUUGUUUCUUCCAUUGUCUUGUUGCU